AUGCGUCCGUCCUCGCGCCAGCGGGUGGCCGCCUGGCUGCUCGCGCUGUCGUUGGGGAGAGGCGGAGAGGAAUGCGCGCGCCGCGGCCGCCUGGAGAUGAUCUCGUUUUGGCUGCUGUGCUGGAAGCUGUUGAGAGCAACAGCUGGGCUAGGGAGGACAACAGCUGAGUUAACAGACGGUAACCACGACAACAGUGGCUCCAGCAACAAUAACCCUGUCAACGACUCUCCCACUGCUAUACAGCCAACGGAUCCAGUAACCAUGGAGAUCAGCUCAUCGCCUCCGCUAACCCACAUGGAGAGAGAAAACGUGGUCAGCUGGCGCAGCCAGGAAGUAGAGGAGCUCCAUUACCCAGAGGGCCACGGGGUGCAGCAGCCAAUCCGGGAUGAGCAGGAGGAAGAAGGGGAUGCAGAGAAGCAAAAUGGGAAAAGAGAUGAAGAUGAGUUGGACUAUCUUGUUUUUGAGAUAGGAGAGAAGCAGGGAGAAGAUGUAGGAGAGAGAGGAGAGGAGCAGGGAGAAGACGGAGCAAGAGGAGACACAGAGAGAGGAGAGGAGCAGGGAGAAGACGGAGGAAGAACAGAAAUAGAAGGUAAGGAAGAAGGGUGUAGAGAAACAGAGAGGGAAGAUGGAAGAAGAGUAGAUACAAAAGAAGAGGAAGAAUGGAUAGAAGAGACAGUGGGAGAGUUGGAAGACAAUGCUGUGUCAGCGCUCCUGGUCGUCCAAUCAGAUCUCUCAGAGCAGGCCUGGGCUCAGCACCUUGGCGACACCGAUGACCUCAGCGACUGUCUCCAAGCCGAGCUGGCUGUUGUGUACUCGGACAGUGAUGCAGGGGAGGACCAAUGGGCCAGCUCUCCGCCCUGUGAUGUCACCAACCAGGAAGGAGCAGACAGAGGGAUUCAUGAUAGCAUCUGUGUUGGAGAGAGAGAGGAAGAGGAGAAAGGGGAAGAAGAGGAGGAGGCAGAAGUAGAGACUGGAAGAGAGGAGCAGAGAGAGGAGGAAGUAGAGGAGGAGGAGGAGAAGUGGGGAGGCAGGGAUGAUGAGGAUGAAGAGCAGAGCUCCACAGCCAGCUCCACAGACCCUGACAGGAAGCUUCCUGUAGAUUUCUGUGUCCCACAAGAGAGUUACAGUGAAAAUGUCUCCACUGAGCAUGUGGACUUUCUGUUGGCCCGCCAGCAGUGGCGGAAGAUGGAGGAGGAGGUCAAAGGUCAGCCAACCCCCAAACCAGGGCUCCGAGCUCAGGGAAGCUUCCAGGGCACCCACACUUCUCUGUACCCCCCCACUCGCAGCCCCCGACUCAAACACAGGGAGAUCCAUCCACCAGUGCCCAGGGAGCCGCCCCUGUCCUCCACCUUGUCCCCCAGUUCAGAGGACUCGGGCCUGGAUGAUUUGUCCUACCGCAGCCCGCUGGACGAGCCAGAGAGUGCGGUGGAGAGAGAGAUCCGAUUGACUCUGGAGAGAGAGGAACACCACCGCAGGGAGAGGGGGAUGAUUACACAGGGCCUAACUACACCCAGAGGCUCGACCCCGCAGACAGGACGAUCUCCACCUAGACCUCCAGCCUGCCGCACUCCUACCUUGUCCAUCUCCCCAUCCCCUUCCUGCUCCUCUUCCCUUCCCCGAUCUGUCUACCAUGAAAUGACAGCCAAUAAUGUCAUCAUCUUGGAGCCCGAUUGCUCCAUCUCCGCCUCCAGGAACCGCUUAGUCUCCUCUGCUAUCGGGGGCCUCUCCGAUUGGUCCACAAUCAAGGAUGCGGUGUCUUCCGCCAAUGUCAUCGUCGUGGAAACCUCCAAUCUCAUCAUUCGCAGCGCUUCUGAAUUCUGCCUAAGCUCCGCCCCUGUGUCCAUGGAAACACAGGAAAGCACUUUCUCGUCCAAUCCAUUCUUCAAGCUGCGCUCCCUCAGCAGCCAGUCGCUGGUGGAGCAGGAGAUCCGCAUGGUGAGGCAGAGGGAGGAGGAGUGGAGGAGGCAGAGGGAGGAGGAGUGGAGGAGGCAGAGGGAGGAGAUGUGGAGGAGAGGGAGAGAGAGGUACGAUACUGUGCUGGUGUCUCCAGGCCUCAGCGAUAACAUCACUUACAACGUGCCAGAGGUUUCAGACAGAUGUGUCUCCUCCCCUUCGUCCCCCUCCAGGACCCGUAAAAUGGAACGAUCCAGUAUGUCUUGUGACCACAAGUUCCCCUCUUCCCUCUCUUCUGUGCCAAGACGACAGAAUGCCAUGGCGCAGCGAUGGGAGGCCUCCCUCUUAGCCAAUCAGAAGAAGGAGUAAGCAACGACCACGCUCAACUGACAGCCAUUUCAAACGCAGUGCAGUGUCUAUAGGAUGCCUCAUGAGAAGAGGACUAUUUCUUCAUUUAUCUAGUUUGGGUUUCCAUUAUUCUUUAAUGUCUGGAAAAGUCUGUUGCAUGAUGUCGGAAACAGUAUGUCACAGUUUCUUAUAUAUGAUACCUCUGUAUUCCCAGAAUCCCUGUCCCAAUAAUAACUGAGUAUAAAAUUGCAAUCAUAAUAAUACUACUCUUUUUGACGUGUGACCCAGAUUUUAUGUAAAUUUAGCAGUAUUCUGCUUCAAUAUUUAAUAUUUACAGCACUUUGAUUUGUGGGUGUUUAUGAAUUAUGGGACUAGUUCAACUGUUGAUAUUUGUGGAUUUUUAUGACUGACUGAAUAUGAUGCAGUGACUUUCAAACUUUUUCUGGGCAGUCAUUUUAAUUUCAGAUAUUAAUUCAGUCUGUAUUUUAAAGUAGAUUAAUAGCGUACAGCGUUUAUUCAGAAAUGUUCUAGCUAUGCAGAGAUUUGAGAAGGUACAUGCAAAAUGGUUUAGCAUGUUGUGUUCUUUUCAAUUUGUAUUUUAUUUUUAAAGGUGCCAACCCAGACUUUGAAAAUCACUGCCUUAGUGAAACGUUUUAAUGAGCCAUUGAUCAAAAGAGUUUGGAUGUUCCAGGUUUCAAUGUCAGCCAUGUUGGCUAAACAGUGCUAGCUGCUAACUGAAUACCAUUUGGGUCACAGUCGCACAGACCAGAUGGUUUGCCUUUUCUUUGGAAGAGAUUGGUUGUAACCCAGAUAAAUCCAGAAUGGGCAGCAGUUUUGUGGGGUCAUGAAAAACCUUUUUGAGGAUAUUGUAGUCUCAAAAUUGCAAGUCAUGCUAGUUUUAUUUACCAUUUUAUUAGCAUGGAAUGUAUGGCGUACGCACCAGGGCAUGGACACCCUGAACCUGAAUAAAACUGAUCAGUAAAACCUUUA